GGUUUGAGCACGUGUCCAUGCUGGUGAUCCUGCUCAACUGUGUGACUCUGGGGAUGUUUCAGCCCUGUGAGGACGUUACCUGCCAGUCAGACUGGUGUCGCAUCUUACAGGUGCUGGAUGACUGCAUCUUUGCUUUCUUUGCGGUGGAAAUGGUUAUCAAGAUGGUGGCUCUGGGAAUUUUUGGGUCCAAGUGUUACUUUGACGAUAAGUGGAAUCAGCUUGACUUUGUCAUUGUCAUGGCAGGGAUGUUGGAGUAUUCUCUAGAUGGCCACAAUGCCAGUCUGUCAGCUAUCCGUACCGUCCGAGUACUCAGGCCACUGCGGGCUAUCAACAGAGUACCGAGUAUGAGGAUCUUGGUGACACUGCUGUUGGACACCCUGCCGAUGCUGGGAAACGUUCUGCUCCUUUGCUUCUUUGUCUUCUUCAUCUUUGGCAUUGUGGGAGUCCAGUUGUGGGAGGGACUACUGCGCAAUCGCUGCUUCCUAGGAGAGGACAUCGGAGCAAUGUACAACCGGUCUUUAAAUCCUUACUACAUGUCUGAGGAAGGUGAAGACAGCCCAUUCAUCUGCUCAGCUCCCCGCGAAAACGGGAUGCGGCGCUGCCACGAUGUGCCACCCUACACUCAGGACGGGGCCGAGUGCACACUGGCAGCUUCUGACCUGAGUUCAGCUCUGGUUGGAUCAUCCCUUGCCAGUGUUAACGCCUGUGUUAACUGGAAUCAGUACUACAACGUCUGCCGCCCCGGGGAGCUCAACCCUCACAAGGGAGCUGUCAACUUUGACAAUAUUGGCUAUGCUUGGAUAGCCAUAUUCCAGGUCAUCACACUGGAAGGAUGGGUAGACAUCAUGUACUAUGUCAUGGAUGCUCACUCCUUCUACAAUUUUAUAUAUUUUAUACUGCUCAUUAUUGUGGGCUCAUUCUUCAUGAUCAACUUGUGCCUCGUGGUCAUCGCCACCCAGUUCUCCGAGACAAAGCAAAGGGAGAAUGCGCUGAUGAGGGAGCAGCGUGCUCGCUACAUGUCAAACGACUCCACCCUUGCCAGUUACAGCGAGCCAGGCUCGUGCUAUGAAGAGAUGCUACGCUACAUUAGUCACCUUUACCGCAAGUUAACACGCAGGCUCCAGAGGAUAUACUCUGGCUGGCACAGUAAACGGCGUAAAAAGGUGAAUCCCAAUGGCAGUGGGGGAGGCAGUAAUGGUGGCGGUAAUGGACACGGCCACGGUUCCAGCAGGGGUUGCAGAGGGUCAGGCCCGGGUAAUGCAUUGUGGUUGAGGCCAAUCCAUAACCUUUUACAAGACCAUCAGCAUCAGCACUGUCGCCUCAGCAAUGGUGGGCAGCACGCCAUCGGCGUGGCAGCUGCUGAGCACAUGGACAGAGAAGGAUGUAUUAAAGGCGGGGAGGAACUGGAGAUGAAGCCGCUUCCUGUUCGGAGGGGAAGUGAAAAUGGAAACAGCGAUAAUCCAACUGUUGUCACCCAGCGCUUGGGGUCAUUACUGGGGCGACUGAAUGGGGGGAUGAACUAUCCGACCAUUCUGCCAUCUUUUGUGUGCAGCUAUAGCAGUAAGACGCCACCCCCUCACUCAAAGCAGUGCGGCUCCUGUCCGGAGCAGCAUCCACCAAACCACCCAGCUUCCGAGCAUGCGGAGACGCUGAACAAGCUUUACCAGCUCAUGGGACAGCACAGUCGCCAGAGGCUGCUCUACCAGCUGGCGGGUGAGGUGCCUAGCCCUGUGCUCUUGGAGCUACUCAGCUGCCCUCUGUGUGCCAGCAGCCUGGAGACCUUGGAGCUGGAACUAGGAGACCUAGAGGGAGGCAAGGGAGAGGCAGAUGGACUACAUGACUUCCCCCAGGGGGCAGAUGUGAGAGGACUGAGGGGUCGGAGCAGACGCCGUGGGCUUGUUGAACAUGAAAAUGGAGUGGUUCGUGCCUGGAGAGACCUCAGGGAAAAACUAAAGAGGAUUGUGGAAAGUAAAUACUUCAACCGUGGAAUCAUGAUUGCUAUCCUUGUCAAUACUCUCAGCAUGGGAAUAGAGUACCACGAGCAGCCCAAGGAACUGACAGAUGUGUUAGAGAUCAGUAACAUUGUUUUCACCAGUAUGUUUGUCCUGGAGAUGGGCUUCAUGCUGCUGGCUUUCGGCUUGUUUGGAUACAUCAGGAACCCAUACAACAUCUUUGACAGCAUCAUUGUUAUCAUCAGUGUGUGGGAGAUAAUUGGUCAAGCAGAUGGUGGGCUGUCAGUCUUGCGAACAUUUCGUCUGCUGCGAGUUCUGAAGCUGGUUCGUUUCCUCCCCGCCCUGAGGAGACAACUUGUAGUGCUGAUGAAGACCAUGGACAAUGUGGCCACCUUUUGCAUGCUGCUCAUGCUUUUCAUCUUUACCUUCAGUAUACUGGGCAUGCAUCUCUUUGGGUGUAAAUUCAGUUUUCGGACAGAGAAUGGAGACACCAUCCCUGACCGAAAGAACUUUGAUAGUCUACUCUGGGCCAUUGUCACUGUGUUCCAGAUUCUUACCCAGGAAGACUGGAAUGUGGUGUUAUAUAACGGCAUGGCUUCUACCUCUCCAUGGGCGGCUCUCUACUUUGUUGCUCUUAUGACAUUUGGCAACUAUGUGCUCUUCAAUUUACUAGUGGCCAUCUUGGUUGAAGGUUUCCAAGCUGAGGGUGAUGCUAAUCGGUCAGAGUCAGAUGAUGACAAGAAAUCAGACAACUUUGAUGAGGAUGAGAAGAUAGAACAACUCAGAGAUGCUGAGCUAAAGAUCUCACUGAUGAUGACAGGUAAUGGUCACAUUGACCCUCGUGGCUCGAUGGCUCCUCCCAUAAUCAUGCGCACAGCAGCAACACCCAUGCCUACUCCUAAGAGCUCUCUUGGACCUGAGUCCAUCCUAGGGGAUGAGCUCAUGUACAGAGAGGGGAUACCUCAGUAUAGCCAAGUAGGACUGGGUUUUUCAGAGCCAAGUGCUGGUCAUGCAGAGUCCCGACGUGGAAGCUCAGCAUCAAUGGACCCCUUUGACCCACCGUCUCUGAGCCUGUCAAGUCCCGGGCGGCGUUCUCCUCUUCCUCCCCGUGGUUCUGGCAGCUCAUGGGGAAGCCGCCGCUCCAGCUGGAACAGCCUGGGAAGGGCACCAAGCCUCAAAAGGCGAGACACCAGUGGAGAGCGGGAGAGCUUGUUGUCUGGGGAAGGUGGAGAGGAUGAUGAUACCAGGGACGACAAAGUGGAGCCUGGGGGAAACAACAGACUAAAGCCGGGGUCUCUGGAGCUGCUGCAGGCGUCUACUCUCUGCCCUUCCGUAAUAGCAGACUAUGGUGACUGCAACGGGAGGACUGUGACCUACACCCCAAACAUAAACUCUGACCCUAAAGAAGACUCCUCCCCCGAGGACGACUUAGACGAUGAUGGUUCUUUUUGCUACUGGACCCAGAGAGAGCUCCGUAACAUGAAGCCUCGCUGGUGCAAAGAGCACGAAGACUGGACACUGUACCUGUUCUCCCCAGAGAAUCCGUUUCGUAUGUGGUGCCAGAGAGUGAUCUCUCACAGACUUUUUGACCACAUAGUUCUGGUUUUCAUCUUUCUCAACUGUAUCACCAUUGCUCUGGAAAGACCUGAUAUAAAAACUGAGAGCACGGAGCGACUGUUUCUGAGUGUGUCCAACUACAUUUUCACUGUGAUCUUCCUAGCAGAGAUGACCAUUAAGGUUGUAGCUCUUGGUUUCUGCUUUGGGAAGCAGAGCUACCUCCAGUCCAGUUGGAACAUUCUGGAUGGUGUGUUGGUGUUUGUGUCUCUGGUCGACAUUUUGGUUUCUCUGGCCUAUAUUGGUGGAAACAGGAUCCUGGGAAUUCUGAGAGUGCUUCGCCUGCUACGAACACUUCGCCCACUGAGGGUGAUCAGUCGAGCCCCAGGAUUAAAGCUUGUUGUGGAGACUCUCAUCACCUCUCUUAGACCUAUUGGGAACAUUGUCUUGAUUUGCUGCGCCUUCUUCAUUAUCUUUGGAAUCUUGGGGGUCCAGCUGUUCAAAGGGAAGUUCUACCACUGUGAAGGUCCGGACACAAGAAACAUAACCAACAAAUCAGACUGUGAGCAGGCCAACUACCGCUGGAUACGAAAAAAGUACAACUUUGACAACCUGAUCCAGGCUCUAAUGUCUUUAUUUGUGCUGUCGUGUAAAGAUGGCUGGGUCACCAUCAUGUACGAUGGGCUAGAUGCAGUGGGAGUGGACCAACAGCCUAAAAGGAACAACAAUCCUUGGAUGCUACUCUACUUUAUCUCCUUCCUGCUUAUCGUCAGCUUCUUCGUCCUUAAUAUGUUUGUUGGGGUCGUGGUGGAGAACUUCCACAAGUGCCGACAGGACCAGGAAGAGGAGGAGGCACGCUUACGGGAAGAGAAGAGGCUGAAAAUGAAAGAGAAAAAGCGCAGGAAGGCCAAACUAAGGCCAUACUAUGCCGACUACUCUCCCCUGCGUCUGUCCAUCCACACACUGUGUACCAGCCACCACCUGGACCUCUUCAUCACUUUCAUUAUCUGCAUCAAUGUCUUCACCAUGAGCAUAGAGCACUACAAUCAGCCACAGUAUUUAGGAGAGGUUUUGAAGUACUGUAACUACGUGUUCACCUGCAUCUUCAUCAUUGAGGCCCUGCUCAAACUUGUGGCAUUUGGCAUACACAGGUUCAUCAGAGAGAGGUGGAAUCAGCUGGAUGUAGCUAUAGUGGCAUUGUCCAUCAUGGGCAUCGCCCUGGAGGAGCUGAAAAUGAAAGGCACCCUACCAAUAAAUCCUACCAUCAUCAGGAUCAUGAGAGUACUCAGGAUAGCACGAGUGCUGAAGCUUCUAAAGAUGGCCACAGGGAUGAGAGCGCUGUUGGAUACUGUCAUGCAAGCACUGCCGCAGGUGGGAAAUCUUGGUCUUCUCUUCAUGCUGCUCUUCUUCAUCUAUGCUGCUCUGGGAGUGGAGCUCUUUGGCAAACUGGAGUGCAGUGAUAGCAACCCAUGUGAGGGUCUGGGUCGUCACGCAACCUUUCGAAAUUUUGGGAUGGCCUUCCUCACACUGUUUCGAGUGUCCACAGGAGACAAUUGGAAUGGGAUUAUGAAAGACACAUUAAGAGAGUGUCAUUCAAGUGACCGCCACUGUUUACCAUAUCUGCCCUGGGUGUCUCCAAUUUACUUUGUCACCUUUGUGCUCAUGGCCCAGUUUGUUCUGGUCAAUGUGGUGGUUGCUGUUUUGAUGAAACAUCUAGAGGAAAGCAACAAGGAUGCUAAAGAGGAUGCAGAGAUGGAUGCAGAGAUUGCCUUGGAAAUGGAUAGAGAGAGGGAUCGCAGAUUAAGCACAAAUUCCAACAACAGCUCAGUGGGAGGCACGUAUGUUGGGCCGUGCCCAAAUUCACCUGAAGAGGAGGAUGAGAUGCAGUACAAUGGCCAGAACCUGCUGUCGUCGAAGAUCUCUGUGUCCAGGAUGCAUUCUCUGCCAAAUGACAGUUAUAUGUUUAGACCUGUGCGGCCCGCCAGUGCCCCCUACCCUUUAGACGAGGUAGAUCUGAGUCCCCAACACCAGCAUUCAGUCUCAGUGAUGUCGGUCCACUCCCAGCCCUGUGAGAGCCGCUCUCUGCUCCAGGUUCCAGACAUUUCCCCUGUUCACCCUCGGUUACCUCCCUCCCUGCCUCUUCCCCGCAUCGCCCCACCAACACCCAGCGCCUCACCACGGGCCCUGCAUAGGCAGGUGGCAGUUAAAGUAGUUUCUGUGGAGUCUCAGGGUUUUGAGCAACAGGAGAGGCCCAGCUCAGUCCAUCUGCCACCCUUCUCCCUUCACCGCUACACCCCCUUAUACCUCCUCCUCAUCAUCAUCACCUCUGCCUCCUCCUCCCUCCUCUCCCUCUGCCCUUUCACUCCCACUUGCUCCCCCUCCCCCUUCCCUCGCUCUCCUCCAUCUCCUCUCCCUCCUUUGCUAUCUUCCCCCUCUACUCUCCCCCCACCAUCUUCACCCUCACUACUUCUCCCUCCACCUCCCUCGCCCCGCGCCCCCUUGCGCCCUGCGAGCCUUCGGAGACCAAGGCCACCCUCUGCCAUCUCCCUCUCUGACCCGGCCGAUGAGGAGGUGUAUCACAUCACCAGCUCGGCCCACCACAGGUGGAGAGACGGGGAGGGAGGAGGGCAGGAGAGCAGGGGUAAAGUUGGCCGUAGCCACUCCCUCUCCCCAUACACCUUGCCAUCCGCUCUCCACUCCUACUCCUCCACCUCCUCCCCUCUUCCUCCUCCGCUACCACCGUCCUCAUCAAGGAGCGCACUCAGUCUACUUGGGGCUGGAUUGAAAGACCGUGACUUCAGGAAAGGCUUUAGCAUUGACAACCAGGGCUUCCUGGACAAACCGCCAUCAUUGAAUGCUGGAUACGCUGAUGACCAGCGGCGCCACUCUAUUGAGGUCUGCCUUCCACGAGCUGUAAUAGCCAAUGAUAAUGAACACUUUACACAGGAGGCCCACCGGCUGGAUAAAGGUGGUCAGGCAUUUCCUGUGAGGGUCCAGUCAGUCGGAAGCAACCACAGAAAGAAGAAGAUGAGUCCUCCCUGUAUAUCCAUCCACCCACCCUCAGAGAGGGAGAACACCCAAACUGCCUCGCCCCCAAAAUUGUCUGAUUGCAGCACAAUGCUGAGACGCAGGACACCAUCCUAUGACUUGACACCACACACACAGUCGAAUACAUACACCCAAGACGUGUCGUCAGACAUACACACAAACACUCAGACGCAGUCUCCGAUGCGCAGACCACUAACACCUAUCCACGUUCCACUGCAAGCAAACUCACCACCUCACACACUGACACACUCACGACCGUCUACCCCGACACACACUCAGACAUACACGCCUCCGCAUGCAUCAACACCCACAUACCCGCAUCCCAUCAGCCCAAACAUCUUCAUUCCAGCCCUCAUGCACCUCUUGUCUCAAGCCACUAUGCCUUUCUCACAGACACACCCCAUCUCCCCCGCUGCGGGGCACUCCUCCUCUCUGGAGAAUAUCCCCCUCCCUCAGUUCACCUUUGACCAACCACAGUCCAGAUACAUGAGCGGCCUGUCUGCUGGCAUAUCUGACACUGAUACAGCCACCUGCUCUUCCCCUUUCGACAGCAGACUGGGAAGCGGUGCGGGAUUCAGUGCAAAGAAUAGGAGGACUGCCCAAUAAACAGAAUUGUUUGAUUCAGAAGGCGAAUUUGGUUGAAAAUCUCUGAAGCUGGAGCAGCAGGGCCUCGCUGACCCUCAGCAGAGACGGGUGCUGAGGAGAAAAUGAGAGGUAGAAGUUUACUGGGAGAGGGUUUUUUUGUUUUCUUUUCUUUGUUUUCUUGUUAAGAUGAAUAAUGAAAAGACAUUGAUUACUCUUUCCAGAGAGACGCUGGUACAGACUUGAAUGAUAGACAGUGGAUCCAUUUUUUCUUAAACCCAGCUUGAAAGACAGCAGAUCCACUGAGGCUGUACCAGUCAAACAGUACUCACUGUACAUGGCGUGUUGGGGACUAAUACAAACAACACACCAGGACUAAAGCCACCUAAAUCCGUAGCCAAAGUUUUUUUCACACACUGUCUCACCCACGCGAGCCAAUCAGGAAGCAGCGUCUGGCUGAUAACCUCCGACCUUUAGGGGAAGGGGUUUGUGAAAUGCGAGCGUUUGGGGGGAAUUGUGGGAUAUGCAACUUCAGGUUUUCUACAGAAGUUCUGCUUGCCCCUCCUCUGCUCCUCGAUCACAUUGAUCAGAGCAGAACUCUGUAUGAGUGUGUGUGUGUCUGUGCACGUGUGUGCGAGCGACUGCGUUUUCUUAUGUGUGAGUACUGUCACAUCUGUUGUCGUGAAAGUCGUCCAUGUUGUUCUUACGCCUGUAACGACAGAGAGGAGGAGCAGGGCAGAGCUGUAGUGUAUGUUUCUUUGUGUAUCUGUGCAGUGUAAAUAAAGGAAAAUACAGUAUUUGGUGAGGUUAAAAUAGCUCUAUCCAUAUGCACAUAUUUUUAUAGAGAUCUAAAUGUUUUUUGCACACAAAUUUGAAUUUGAAUUUGCUUGUUUUUUUUCUUCUGUUGUCCUCUUGUGAAUGUAUGUCUCUUUUCAAAACCGAGGGAGUAGUGAAGGAGCGCAGCCCUCCUCUCAGCCUGCUCGCUGAGGUCGAGGAGAGGGAUUUUAUUUUUCUAUUUUGAAAAAGAGAUCGAAGAGAACAGGGGUGUGACGUGUUUCUGUAGCUUUGUCUCAGAUUUCUGUGUAUCUGGUGUCUAAAUAGGUUUCAGUCUGAAGAGGCUGGCUCAGUGAUGCAAGCUAACAUGAACUUAGAUGCAUUUGCAUAAGAGCAGUGUAUAUGUUUGAGUAAAAUGUGGUGAUUAUUAAUGGGUAGACCUGUGCCCUAUCCCCACAUUUAAAUUUUAGUUUGGCCUUUAUUUGAAG